AUGGCCCGCUCAGUGGUUCUCAAACUUUUUCAAUCUAAUGUUUCUAAUGAAAAAGAAGUGAAAAAAGCAGCCAAGGAUACAGCAAAAGAAGAGGUAAAGAAGGAAGCGAAAACGGCGGCUAAAGAAGAAGUGCAAAAGGCGGCGAAAGACGAAGUAAAGAAAGUCGUUAACGAAGAAAAAGACAAAGCGAAAGCCGAAGUGAAGGAUGCCGUCAAGAAAGAAGUAACAGAUAAAGCGAAAGAAGCUGUCAAGGAAGUCGCAAAAGAAGAAGUGAAAGACAAAGCGAAAGAAGCCGUGAACGAAGCAAAGGAUGAAGUCAAGGAUAAAGCAAAGGAAGCGGUGAAAGAGGUAGCAAAAGACGAAGUCAAAGAUAAGGCGAAAGAAGCGGUGAACGAAGCAAAGGAUGAAGUCAAGGCUAAAGCGAAAGAGGAAGUUGAAAAAGCCGCUACAGAAGCCAAAGGCGAGAAGAAAGCAGAUACGAAGGAGGAUGAAAAGGCGGAUAAGAAGGAUAAAAAAGAUAAGAAAAAGAAGGGAGGAAAGCCAUGGAUAAAGCUUGCUCGCAAAUACUACAAAGAAAAUAGAGAAUCGAAAGACCAAUCAGCAGUUGAUUUCUUCAAAGGACUUCUUGCUAAAAAAGACGAGACAAAAAAAUCAGCUACAAAAGCAGUAGAAAAAGCAAAAGAAUCGGAGAAAAACGCCAAAGAAGCCCACGAAAGCGCCAAGAAAGUUGCAGCAGAAAAAGGGGGAGAGAAAGCAAAGGAAGCGGUUGAAAAAGCAGAAAAAGCAGCUGAUACGGCUCACAAAGCGACCGAAGAAGCGAAGGAAACUAAAAAAAAGGCAGAUAAGACUGAAGCGCCGAAGAAGGGAGAUGAUAUGAAAUCAAAGAUGUCUGAAAUGGCGAAUAAACUUGUGAAACUCAUUGAAGGACUGAAUCUCUCUUCGGAUGCGGAAUUGGACGAGAUUAUCGCCGAAUACGAGGCGUGAGAGAAGAGGAAUCCUUCGAAUGCACACAAAAGCGAUUUUUAAUUCUAUAGUCUAGUGCAAAAUAUUAAGUUUUAACCAAGAAUAUCAUUUAAAUUUCAUAUUUAAUAUGUCUAUUUAUUCGAGACUUCAAAAAAUUUAGUAAACAGGGAAAUAUUUCAGCAAUGAAGUAAUGUUUUGUCGAAAAAUAUAUUAUUUACAAAUGUUUCGGGCACAUUAAUUUAUUUUCGUAGACCCGUGUAUGACCGUCUGUAUUUGUUUUAGCGCUUGUUAUAGGUAAAUUUGUUGGAUGAUUAAGUGCAUCUCUCUGACAGUGAAGUCACAUUUCAUUUUUGUGUGGACCCACUGCAUGUAUGUGACCGUCCGUAUUUGUCGUUAUGACUAGUAGGGCUUUAGAUGAGUGCAGUCAAGUACACUUUGGGGUAAUUUCUAAGUGAAGUAAUCAUAUUGUCCUGAAAUAUUUGAUUUUGUAGUGGUCUCAUUGUUUGUAUGUAAUGGUGGGUUUGUUGUUACUGGUAUUAUUAAUAGGGCUUAUAAACGGUGUCGUCGUACUUACCAUAGAAUAACUGGGUGGGCCUCUUGAUUCUGUCCUCAGAUUAGUGCGUAUACAGCCUCGCUACUUAAGUCUGUGGUAGUCAAAGAUGGGGUACAGUACACAAGAUAUGACGUCAUAAUAAAAUUGUGAUGUCAUAGCACCUUCGCGAACGGCGUCAUAAUCCACCCUCUACCGUACAAGUACUGCCUAAAUUAUUGAUGUUUUUAUGUUAUAUGUUGCUAUCUUCAUUAUUUUCUCACGGAGGUAUAUAGUACAGUCAUGCAAUUAUGUAUAUAGAAUUCUAGCCAUUCAAGAAUAAGCCUAUUUCAAGGCGGCAUUUCACUUAGAUAUUUCACUGUGUAUAAACGGUGUCUUCAAUUGGAUUGAUAUAAUAAAUGUGAACUAGACUAUUGUGGCAAUAUAUGGUACAUUGUGAAAUAUACGAAUGAAGGUAUUCAGCGUUUGUUAUGAGUCUGAUAGUUGAAGAAAAAAAAGCGUUGUAGGCAUUUAACUGUCAUACUUACGUAUUGGUUGAGACCUGGAAAGAGAUAAGUUGUAAAUUAGGGCGCUCAAUAGUCUAUUGAAGAAGGCUAUCUCGCGCGCAAUUUUAUUUUGAGCAUUGUUAGACGGUUUUCCAUCGCAGGAUAGCAUUUAUACGACUCAAUCAUAUGGCGAACUAAGUUCUCUCAUCCA